AUGUCGGAGUCAGAGGAGAAUGGAGAGGGCCCCCCCAAGGACCUGCCCCCCUUCGCCCAGCACAAGGGGGGGGCCCAGGGGGGCUCCGGGGGGGUCCAUCGCUCCCCCCGCGCCCUCUUCUGCCUCCGCCUCAACAACCCCAUCCGCAGGGCCGCCAUCAGCAUCGUCGAGUGGAAGCCCUUCGACAUCCUCAUCCUCGCCACCAUCUUCGCCAACUGCGUGGCCCUGGGGGUUUACAUCCCCUUCCCCGAGGACGACUCCAACGCCGCCAACCACAACCUGGAGCAGGUGGAGUACGUGUUCCUCAUCAUCUUCACGGUGGAGACGUUCCUGAAGAUCAUCGCCUACGGGCUGGUGCUGCACCCCAGCGCCUACAUCCGCAACGGCUGGAACCUGCUCGACUUCGUCAUCGUCAUCGUGGGGCUGUUCAGCGUGAUCCUGGAGCAGGUGUCCCACAAGCCGGGCGACGCCCACCACAUGAGCGGCAAACCCGGCGGCUUCGACGUCAAGGCCCUGCGCGCCUUCCGCGUCCUGCGGCCCCUGCGCCUCGUCUCCGGCGUCCCCAGCCUGCACAUCGUCCUCAACUCCAUCAUGAAGGCGAUGGUGCCGCUGCUGCACAUCGCGCUGCUCGUGCUCUUCGUCAUCAUCAUCUACGCCAUCAUCGGCCUCGAGCUCUUCAUCGGCCGCAUGCACAAGACCUGCUUCUUCAUCGGCUCCGACCUGGAGUCGGAGGAUGACCCGUCCCCGUGCGCGUUCUCGGGGCACGGGCGCGCCUGCCUGCAGAACAACACCGAGUGCCGCGGCCGCUGGGAGGGGCCCAACGGCGGCAUCACCAACUUCGACAACUUCUUCUUCGCCAUGCUCACCGUGUUCCAGUGCAUCACCAUGGAGGGCUGGACGGAUGUGCUCUACUGGAUGCAGGACGCGAUGGGCCACGAGCUGCCCUGGAUUUACUUCGUCAGCCUCGUCAUCUUCGGCUCCUUCUUCGUCCUCAACCUGGUGCUGGGGGUGCUCAGCGGGGAGUUCUCCAAGGAGCGGGAGAAGGCCAAGGCUCGCGGGGAUUUCCAGAAGCUGCGGGAGAAGCAGCAGCUGGAGGAGGAUCUGCGGGGCUACAUGGACUGGAUCACCCAGGCCGAGGACCUGGACGACGACGAGGGGGAGCACGAGAAGCACCGCCUGACCGCCGAGGAGCUGAUGGGGAAGAGGAAACCGCGGCUCAAGUGGCUGCGGCACGCGAGUCACUCCACAGACACCCACGCGAGCCUCCCCGGCAGCGAGACCACCUCGGUCAACACGGAGACGGUGGGGGAGGAGGAGACCCCGCCCACGGCCUGCGACCGCUGCCUGCGCCGCCUGCGCCGCCUGAACCGCCUCUGGCGCCGCCGCUGCCGCGGGGCCGUGAAAUCCGUGUCCUUCUACUGGACCGUCCUGCUGCUCGUGUUCCUCAACACCCUCACCAUCGCCUCCGAGCACCACGGGCAGCCCCCCUGGCUCACCGAGACACAGGCCUACGCCAACAAGGCGCUGCUGUCGCUGUUCGCGGCCGAGAUGGUGCUGAAGUUGUACGCGCUGGGCCCCUCGAGCUACUUCGCGAGCUUCUUCAACCGCUUCGACUGUUUCGUGGUGUGCGGGGGGGUCCUGGAGACGGCGCUGGUGGAGCGGGGGGCGAUGGAGCCGCUCGGCAUCUCCGUGCUGCGCUGCGUGCGCCUGCUCAGGGUCUUCAAGGUCACCCGGCACUGGGCGUCCCUCAGUAACCUGGUGGGGUCUCUGCUGAACUCCAUGAAAUCCAUCGCGUCCCUGCUGCUCCUGCUCUUCCUCUUCAUCAUCAUCUUCGCGCUGCUGGGGAUGCAGCUCUUCGGGGGCAAGUUCAGCUUCGACGAGACCCAGACCAAGCGCAGCACCUUCGACACCUUCCCGCAGGCCCUGCUCACCGUCUUCCAGAUCCUGACGGGCGAGGACUGGAACGCGGUGAUGUACGAUGGCAUCAUGGCCUACGGCGGGCCCGUGUUCCCGGGGAUGCUCGUCUGCGUCUACUUCGUCAUCCUCUUCAUCUGCGGCAACUACAUCCUCCUGAACGUGUUCUUGGCCAUCGCCGUGGACAACCUGGCGGACGGGGACAACAUCAACUCGGGGGGGGACAAGAAGGACAAGGCGGGUGAGGCCGAGGCGGGGCCCGGGGGGGGUCAGGACGUGGCCGUGAAGAUCGAGGGGGAGCAGCCGGAGGAGGAGGAGGAGGAGGAGGAGGAGGAGGAGGAAGGGAGCGAGGAAGGUGACGGGGAGGGCCGGGGGGAGCGCGACAGCCUGGGGGGGGCCCGGCUGGAGUCCCUGGAGGAGCCCCCCAAGCCCAAAGUGACCCCGAUCCCCGAGGGCAGCGCCUUCUUCCUGCUGAGCAGCACCAACCCGCUGCGGGUCCGGUGCCACGCCCUCAUCAACCACCACGUGUUCACCAACCUCAUCCUCGUCUUCAUCAUCCUCAGCAGCGUCUCCCUCGCCGCCGAGGAUCCCGUGCGGGCACACUCGCCACGCAACCACAUUUUGGGGUACUUCGACUACGCCUUCACCUCCAUCUUCACCGUGGAGAUCCUGCUCAAGAUGACGGUGUUCGGGGCCUUCCUGCACAAAGGCUCCUUCUGCCGCAACUGGUUCAACCUCCUGGACCUGCUGGUGGUCGGGGUGUCCCUCAUCUCCUUCGGCAUGCACUCCAGCGCCAUCUCGGUGGUGAAGAUCCUGCGGGUGCUGCGGGUCCUGCGGCCCCUCCGGGCCAUCAACCGGGCCAAGGGCCUCAAGCACGUCGUCCAGUGCGUGUUCGUUGCCAUCCGCACCAUCGGCAACAUCAUGAUCGUCACGACGCUGCUGCAGUUCAUGUUCGCCUGCAUCGGGGUGCAGCUCUUCAAGGGCAAGUUCUACAGCUGCACCGACGAGGCCAAACACACGCCGGGGGAGUGCAAGGGCACAUUCCUGGUGUACAAGGAUGGGGAUGUUUCCCACCCCUCGGUGCGGGAGCGCCUCUGGCUCAACAGCGACUUCAACUUCGACAACGUGCUGGCCGGGAUGAUGGCCCUGUUCACCGUGUCCACCUUCGAGGGGUGGCCUGCGCUGCUGUACAAGGCCAUCGAUGCCAACGCCGAGGACCAGGGGCCCAUCUACAACUACCGGGUGGAGAUCUCCAUCUUCUUCAUCGUCUACAUCAUCGUCAUCGCCUUCUUCAUGAUGAACAUCUUCGUGGGCUUCGUCAUCAUCACCUUCCGCGCGCAGGGCGAGAGCGAGUACCGCAACUGCGAGCUCGACAAGAACCAGCGGCAGUGUGUGGAGUACGCUCUGAAGGCGCAGCCCCUGCGCCGUUACAUCCCCAAGAACCGCAGCCAGUACCGGGUGUGGGCCAUGGUGAACUCCACGGCCUUCGAGUACAUCAUGUUCGUGCUCAUCCUGCUCAACACCAUCGCCCUCGCCGUGCAGCACUACGAGCAGUCGAAGCCCUUCAACUACGUGAUGGACCUUUUGAACAUGGUGUUCACGGGGCUCUUCACCGUCGAGAUGCUGCUCAAGAUCAUCGCCUUCAAACCGCGGCACUAUUUCUGCGACGCCUGGAACACCUUCGACGCGCUCAUCGUGGUGGGCAGCGUGGUGGACAUCGCCGUCACCGAGGUCAACAACGGGGGGCACGUCGGGGAGAGCUCCGAGGACAGUUCCCGCAUCUCCAUCACGUUUUUCCGGCUGUUCCGGGUGAUGCGGCUCGUGAAGCUCCUCUCCAAGGGGGAGGGGAUCCGGACCCUGCUCUGGACCUUCGUCAAAUCCUUCCAGGCCCUGCCCUACGUCGCCCUCCUCAUCGCCAUGAUCUUCUUCAUCUACGCCGUCAUCGGGAUGCAGACCUUCGGGAAGGUGGCUCUGCAGGACGGGACCCAGAUCAACCGCAACAACAACUUCCAGACCUUCCCCCAGGCCGUGCUGCUGCUCUUCAGGUGUGCCACAGGUGAGGCGUGGCAGGAGAUCAUGCUGGCCAGCCUGCCGGGCAAACGCUGUGACCCCGAGUCGGACGCGGAGCCGGGGGAGGAAUUUACCUGCGGCAGCAACUUCGCCAUCGCUUAUUUCAUCAGCUUCUUCAUGCUCUGCGCAUUCCUGAUCAUCAACCUGUUCGUGGCCGUCAUCAUGGACAACUUCGAUUACCUGACGCGCGACUGGUCCAUCCUGGGCCCGCACCACCUGGACGAGUUCAAGCGCGUCUGGUCCGAGUACGACCCGGCUGCCAAGGGCCGCAUCAAGCACCUGGACGUGGUGACGCUGCUGCGCCGGAUCCAGCCCCCGCUGGGCUUCGGGAAGCUCUGCCCCCACCGCGUGGCCUGCAAGCGCCUGGUGGCCAUGAACAUGCCCCUCAACUCAGACGGGACCGUCACCUUCAACGCGACGCUCUUCGCGCUCGUCCGCACCUCCCUCAAGAUCAAGACGGAAGGGAACCUGGAUGUGGCCAACAAAGAGCUCCGGGCCGUGGUCAAGAAGAUCUGGAAGAGGACGAAGCCGAAGCUGCUGGACGAGGUCAUCCCCCCGCCCGAGGAGGAGGAGGUGACCGUGGGGAAGUUCUACGCCACCUUCCUGAUCCAGGACUAUUUCCGCAAGUUCCGGCGGCGGAAGGAGCGCGGGAUGUUGGGCCCCAGCACCACCCCCAGCAACGAGAGCGCCCUGCAGGCCGGGCUGCAGACGCUGCAGGCGCUGGGCCCCGAGAUGCGCCGGGCGCUGAGUGACCUGGAGGGGGACGAGGGCGGCGACGCCCCCGCGGAGGAGCCGCUCACCUACGCGGCCCCCGAGACACUCUACGGCUCCGCCCCCAACUCCCCCCUGCUCGGGGACACGCCCCCCGCCCCCGGCCCCGCCCCCACCGAGGGGGAGGACCCCGCGGGCCCCGCCCACGGAUGCAGGCGCCGCUCCGAAGGGGGGGAGCAGGAUGAGGAAGCCCCCCCCGAGGACACGGAGGAGCCGGGGGGGGACACGGGGGGGGACAUCAGCCACGACGAGGACCUGGAGAGCGCGGCCCCCCCCCGCCACCGCUGGGCUGGGGACAGGCCGCCGGGACCCCCGCGCUGGGGGAUGGAGGUGCCCCGGGGGGGGUCGCUGCCGUUGCCCCCCCGACACUUCGCGCUCCGCGAGGGGCAACAACUGAAACGGCGCCGCCUCCUGCCCCCCACCCCCGCCGGCCGGAAGCCCUCGUUCACCAUCCAGUGCCUGCGGCGCCAGGGCAGCUGCGAGGACGAGCCCAUCCCGGGCACCUACAACCCCUCGGGCCCCCCCGGCCCCGCCCGCCCGCAGGGCUACGGCAGCUCCGAGACCUGGCGCCUGGGGGGCUCCUCGCAGGCCUGGGCGGCCCCGGCCCGUGGGCACGUCCUGUACGCGCCCCUCAUCCUGGUGGAGGGGGGGGCGGCGGGGGGCGCGGGGGGCAGCCUCCCCCCCCUCAACCGCUGGUUCCCCCCCGCGCCCCUGAGACUGCGGCCCUGUGACCCCCGAGACGCGCUGGCCAGGGGGUCUGCGGACAGUCUGGUGGAGGCCGUGCUGAUCUCGGAGGGGCUCGGGCUGUUCGCCCGCGACCCCAAGUUCGUGGCCGUGGCCAAGCGGGAGAUCGCGGACGCGUGUGACAUGACCAUGGACGAGAUGGAGAGCGCGGCCGCCGACCUGCUGACCCGCCGCCGGGCCCCGCCCGCGGCCGUGUACAGCGACGAGGAGCCGCUGCGGCCGCCGCCCGAGGAGGAGCUGGCGGACGAGAUGGGCUGGGCCGGGGGGGUCUGACCGGGCACGGCCACCGCGGGCACCGAGGAGCGGGACCGGCCGGAGGGCUCCGGGACCGGCAGCGGGUGAGCUCUGGGACCGGGACUGGGACCCACUGGGCGGGCUUUAGGACCCGGACCCGGCCUCAGUCCCACUCUCGGGCGGGCUUUAGGACCUGGACCCGCCCUCAGUCCCGGUCUCGGGCGGGCUUUAGGACCCGGCCCCAGUCCCAGG